AUGUUCAGAACACAUUUUUUCCUAUUUUAUUCUCUGAUUAUGUGCAGCGUAUCAGCUGAGGAAAUUUUUCAGCCAACUCUAGUGCUGGACAUGGCUAAAGUUCUACUGGAUAACUACUGCUAUCCUGAAAACCUAGUGGGAAUGCAAGAAGCCAUUGAACAAGCCAUCAAGAGUGGGGAGAUCCUGGACAUCUCAGAUCCAAAACUGCUGGCCAGCGUCUUGACAGCUGGAGUGCAAGGUGCUCUGAAUGACCCAAGACUGGUGAUUUCCUACGAGCCAUCACCACAUGCAGCUCCUGAAAAAGAAACUGAGGCUUCCCCCACUCGUGAACAACUCCUGAGUCUUAUUGAGCAUGUGAUUGUAUAUGACAAGCUGGAGGGCAAUGUUGGCUACCUGAGGAUUGAUUAUAUCAUAGGACAGGAUGUUGUGCAGAAAGUUGGAGCUUUUCUGGUGGACAAGGUAUGGAAGACACUAAUAAAUACAUCUGCCCUGGUGAUAGAUCUUCGUCACAGCACUGGAGGACAGAUCUCCGGACUUCCCUUCAUCAUCUCAUACUUGCAUGAAGCAGACAAGAUGCUGCAUGUUGAGACUGUAUACUAUCGGCCCUCCAACACCACCACAGAGAUAUGGACAUUGCCGAAAGUGUUGGGAGAGAGGUACAGCAAAGAAAAGGAUGUCAUUGUUUUGAUCAGCCGCCACACCACAGGAGUGGCUGAAGAUGUGGCUUACAUCCUCAAGCACAUGAACAGAGCUAUCACUGUUGGGGAGAAGACAGCUGGGGGAUCACUGGACAUCCAGAAACUGCGUAUUGGCCUCUCUAAUUUUUAUCUAAUGGUUCCCGUGUCACGGUCUGUGAGCCCCUUGAGUGGGGUUGGGCAGAGCUGGGAGGUUAAUGGAGUGAUGCCAUGUGUGGCUACUGAGGCAGAGCAAGCCUUGCAGAAAUCCUUGGAUAUCCUGGCAGUGCGCAGAGCAGUGCCUGGCACUCUAACCCGCCUCAUAGACAUAUUAAAGGACUAUUACAGCUUAGUGGAGCGUGUGCCAGUGCUUCUGCGGCACCUCACCACUUCUGACUUCUCUUCUGUGCAGUCAGCAGAGGACUUGGCCACCAAGCUCAACACUGAGAUGCAGACCUUAUCCGAGGACCCUCGCCUGUUGGUCCGAGUCAUGAUGCCAGGUGAAACUGCUGUCCCCCCUGCUGAGACACCAAUUGCAGUGGCAGCCAACUUGCCUGACAAUGAGCAACUGCUGCAUGCUUUGGUGGAUACUGUCUUCAAGGUGUCAGUGUUGCCAGGCAAUGUGGGCUACAUGCGCUUCGAUGAGUUUGCUGAUGCCUCUGUGCUUGCUAAACUGGGACCUUACAUAGUAAAAAAAGUGUGGGAGCCCCUCCAAAAUACAGAGAACCUGAUCGUGGACCUACGCUACAACCCUGGAGGCCCUUCCUCCUCUGCUGUGCCUGUGCUACUUUCCUAUUUCCAAGACCCCGCUGUAGGCCCUGUCCAUCUCUUCACAACCUAUGACAGGCGCACCAACCACACGCAGGAGCACAACAGCCAGGCAGAACUGCUGGCCCAGCCCUACGGAGCUCAGCGUGGCAUCUACCUGCUCACCAGCCACCACACUGCUACAGCUGCUGAGGAGUUUGCUUACCUCAUGCAGUCCCUGGGCCGUGCCACACUGAUUGGGGAGAUCACAGCAGGCAGCCUCUCACACACCUCUACGUUCCCUCUGCUGCAGCCUGAGCAGGGAAUAACCCGUGGCCUAACUAUCACAGUACCAGUUAUCACCUUCAUUGACAACCAUGGAGAAAGCUGGAUGGGCGGAGGAGUUGUGCCUGAUGCCAUAGUGCUGGCUGAGGACGCACUGGAGAAGGCUGAAGAGGUGCUAGCUUUUCACAGGAAGAUGGGGAUGCUUUUGGAAAGUACUGGGCAACUCCUAGAAGCUCACUAUGCCAUCCCAGAAGUGGCUGGGAAGGCCAGUGCUAUGCUCAGCACCAAACGGGCCCAAGGAGGUUAUCGAUCAGCUGUAGACUUUGAGACAUUGGCUUCCCAGCUUACCAGUGACUUGCAGGAGGCCUCAGGAGACCAUCGGCUUCAUGUUUUCCACAGCCAUGUGGAACCAACACCAGAAGAACAGCUUCCCAACAUGAUUCCCAGCCCUGAGGAGCUCAGCUAUAUCAUUGAGGCGCUAUUCAAAAUUGAGGUACUGCCAGGCAACCUGGGCUACCUUCGCUUUGAUAUGAUGGCUGAGGCAGAAACAGUGAAGGCCAUUGGGCCUCAGCUCGUGCAGAUGGUGUGGAACAAGCUGGUUAACACAGAUGCCAUGAUUAUUGACAUGAGGUACAACACGGGUGGCUACUCCACUGCUGUCCCAAUACUUUGUUCCUACUUCUUUGAGCCUGAGCCUCGGCAACACCUCUACACUGUCUUUGAUCGUAGUACCUCCCGCAGCACUGAGGUAUGGACUCUCCCUCAGGUGACUGGCAAGAGAUACGGCUCCCUCAAGGAUGUCUACAUCCUCACAAGCCAUAUGAGUGGCUCAGCAGCUGAAGCCUUCACUCGCUCUAUGAAGGAUCUACACCGGGCCACAGUUAUCGGUGAGCCCACAGUAGGAGGUUCCCUCUCAGUGGGCAUUUAUCGUGUUGGUAAUAGCUCCCUGUAUGCCUCCAUCCCCAGCCAAGUGGUUCUCAGCCCAGUCACUGGCAAAGUGUGGAGUGUGUCUGGGGUGGAGCCACACAUCACCAUCCAAGCCAGUGAAGCCAUGGCUGUAGCCCAGCACAUUGCCAACCUGCGUGCCCAGGUGCCACAGACACUUCAAACUGUAGGUAAACUUGUGGCAGAAAAUUAUGCUUUUGUGGACAUUGGGGCUGUUAUAGCAUCCAAUCUCACCAAGAAUAUCAACAAAGGAAAUUACAAAAGGAUUAAUUCAGAAGAGGAGUUGGCCAGGAAGGUGACUGCCAACCUGCAAGCUCUUUCUGAUGAUGAACACCUCAAAAUGCUCUACAUCCCUGAACAUGCCAAGGACAACAUCCCAGGAAUCAUGCCAAAACAGAUCCCUUCCCCAGAAGUAUUUGAAGAUCUGAUUAAAUUUUCAUUCCACACAAAUGUAUUUGAAAACAACAUCGGCCAUCUGAGAUUUGAUAUGUUUGGAGACUACGAACUUCUAACCCAGGUGUCCGACCUACUGGUAGAGCAUGUUUGGAAGAAAAUUGUUCAUACAGAUGCUUUAAUCAUAGACAUGAGGUACAAUAUUGGAGGUGACACCACUUCAAUACCAAUCCUAUGCUCAUACUUCUUUGAUGAAGGACAACAUAUUCUCCUGGACAAAGUUUAUGACAGACCCAGUGACUCAGUAAAGGAAAUAUGGACCCAGCCCCAGCUCAAAGGGGAGAGGUACGGGUCUCAAAAAGGUCUGGUAAUCCUCACCAGUGCUGUGACAUCUGGAGCUGCUGAGGAGUUUGUAUCCAUAAUGAAGAGGCUGGGCAGAGCUCUCAUCAUUGGGGAACAGACAAGUGGUGGCUCCCAUUCCCCACAGACAUACCAAGUAGAUGAUACCAACUUCUACAUCAUCAUCCCCACUUCCAGAUCAGUCAUCUCUGCAGAGAGCACUUCUUGGGAAGGGAAAGGGGUGCCUCCUCACAUGGAAACACCGGCUGCAACAGCACUUAUCAAAGCAAAGGAGAUGCUCAGUGCUCACCUGCACAGCUCUAGAUAGCCCAGCAGGGGCAUGUGCUCCUAGAAAAAAAGGUAGGCUGUAAUUUUCAAAGAAGCCUGAGGGGACUUACGCUCUCAGGAGCUGAACCAAUAACGGUUUGGGGAGCCCAGAACAGUGUUUAGCCAUAAUUUAGGUAACUAAUGCAAAAAUGAUACCCCCAAAAUCUCACUGUGUGUGUGUGUGUGCAUUUGCAUGUGAGGGAAUGUGCAGGGCACAGGUGUUUUUCUAUGCAUUAUCUGUCUGGCUUGAUGGGUUGUUUACUGCACAAGAGCUCAGUUCCCACAGGAGAAAUUAUUUUAAGGCCCUUCUGCUACACAGAAUAAUUCACAAGCGUCAGGAAUGGUACUGUUCUGGAUAGCAGAAGUGGAUUUGAGUUCUUAAAAGAGAAUGGAGGCUUCACACCAAAGUCUCAUUUUUUUGUGUUAAUUUUCUAGUAACCUAGUGUCUUGGAGAAGAAAGCCACCUCCAGAGACAAAAAGGAGUAGGAACUUGGGUUCAAUCUCUGUAGUCAUCAUUUCCCUGUACAUAGCUCUAAGUGACUCCCUUUUCAACAUGUUGCAUUUUCACCCUAUUCUGAGGAAUCCAACUCUUCCUCAGCAUGGUUGAGAUACUUGGAUAAUUCAGCGGGGUUUCUGGAUUUCUCUCCUGGCUUGAAAUGUAAAUGCUAGUUGUUACACUGUCUGUCUUAGAUUUAGCUCCAGAUCACAGAGAUUUCCUUUGGUUCCUUAGAAAAUCCCAGCUCAGUAUUGAAGGCAUGUGGGCCACCUCAAAGCAUUCAUGCAAAGAUAGAAAAUGCACAUCUGCUCCUUUGGAAAAUGUGCACACUCCCAUUCACACAUCUUAAAGCAGAAUUAACAGUAGUUGUGACUGUCUGUUUUCCAAACUGCAAGAGCUAAGUGUCUUCUCCAUUUCAUCAUUAGUUGUACCAAAAAUAAUCUUUCCCAGUUUGUCAGGGUUGCCCAGAUUCCUGGUGCAUGUCUGCUUCUCCCCUAGUAUCUGGCAGAGGGAUGGGAAAUGAGGAGGGAAAAGGCAGUACAUUGACUAACCCAGUGCUCAGAUCAACACUGAGGAAAAAGAAUCAGGUUUUUACUAAAGGCUAAAAACAGAUGGUUGUGUGCCCUACUCCAAAGACCAGAGGAAAGCAAAGAAAUAUCCUUUGCACCAUGAUAACAAGCUAGUUAUUAACUGAUAGUGUAUUUCAGGGCAAAUAACAGGGUUGAUAAUGUGAACUAACAGUUCAUAUUAUUCACAUGAACCUAAUCAAUGCCCUACAUUCCUUGUCAUCAUUACAAUUUUUAUCUAACCGUAUGUCUCUGUAAUGAUUUAAAAAUACAUAUAAUUCUAAUCUAGAUCUCAACAUUCUUUGUCUCAGCAAAAUACCACCUGUAAGGCAUUAAGCUUAGGAAAAUGUUCCCCCCAAAUUCUGUCAGUUAGAGACAGUAGUAGUCACACAUUGCUGUUUGCUUGCUCAUUUGUAAGUAACUGCCAUUUUUUAUAAAUCAUGUUUAAACAUCUAGCUGCAGAGAAUCUCUUUCAGUAUUUACAGGAAAUAAUGUUAACAACAAAGUAGACUUUCCAUCUUUUUUACUACUUGUUUAUCUUUCCAGUUACAUUUGGUGUGAUCACUAACCUGGGCUCUUUUGAGUCAUUUUCAUAUUCUGAUUUUUAUGCAGUAGCCAGUUGUUGAAUUUGUCAGAUUUGCAGAACCAUUUAAAUGGAUUAAAACUCAUACAGUCUAUUGUGUAAAGUGAUAUAUGUAUGAAGAAUAUUAAAGAUACUUAAUAUGGAAAAGACUGGAUUAGUCAUGAAUGAGUAAACAACACUGAUGUAUUUCUUCUAAUGUCUUUUAAGUCUCUUUAAUAUCUAAAUGAUCCAAAUAUACUGCUUCCUUUUUCCUAAA